AGACAUAGUGGACCAUGUGUGUUGGUGGAGUCUAGCUGCAAAGGGCUCCGCGGAUCCUCCUCUCUCCGGGUUCCCGAGCCGUGAGCCGCCGUCAGUAGAAAAGGUGGGACGCCAUGGCGGUGCGCAUCAUUCGCGGGAUGGAAGACGUGGUGGCGUCGAGCAGCCAGCUGGUCUGGAGCGUGGCGCAUCAGACCCUGAGGAGGUGGUACAGUCGGGGGCUGAUGCCGUGCAGACGCUUACUAGAAGCCUGGUUCGGGAUUGGAAAGUGCUACCAGAUGACCGAGGGCCGACUGUGUCAGGUUCACCUCCUCGAUGGCAGGAAGCUGGAGCUGCUGGUUCAGCCAAGGCUGUUGUCCCGUGAGCUGUUAGAUCUGGUGGCCUCACAUUUUAACCUGAAGGAGAAAGAAUACUUUGGUUUGAGCUUCAUAGAUGACACUGGCCAGAGUAACUGGCUCCAGCUGGAUCGUAAGGUCUUGGAUCAUGACUUCUCCAAGACGUCAGGGCCUGCAGAACUCAGGUUCCUGGUGAGGUUUUAUAUUGAGAAAAUCACCUUCUUGAAAGAAAACACAACAGUGGAGCUGUUCUUCCUGAACGCUAAAUCUUUAGUGUUUAAUGAGACCAUCGAAGUGGAAAGUGAACAUGUUUUCAAGUUAGCCGCGUUCGCAUUGCAGGAGGCCAAAGGAGAAUAUACCAGUGCUGACACGGCCAGAUCAGACCUGAAGCAGCUCCCAGUUCUGCCCACCAGAGUCUUGAGGGAGCACCCGUCUCUCAAUUUCUGUGAGGACAAAGUGAUUGAACACUACACGAAACUGAAGGGACUGACCAGAGGACAAGCCAUUGUGCAGUAUCUGGCCCUCGUGGAGUCCCUGCCGACGUACGGAGUCCAUUAUUACCCAGUGAAGGAUAAGCAGGGACUGCCAUGGUGGCUGGGAGUCAGCUACAAGGGCAUCGGUCAGUACGAUUUGCAGGAUAAACUGAAGCCGAGGAAGCUGUACCACUGGAAGCAGUUGGAGAAUUUGUAUUUCCGAGAGAAGAAAUUUGCUGUAGAAGUAAACGACCCUCACAGAAGAACAGUGACCAGGCGAACAUUCGGGCAGACCGGUCUGGUUAUUCACACAUGGUAUGCCAGCCACUCUCUGAUUAAAACCAUCUGGGUGAUGGCAAUCAGCCAGCACCAGUUCUACCUGGACAGGAAGACCAGCAAAUCAAACGUGUCCACAACCAGGAGCUCAGGAGACAUCGCCAUGGACCUCACAGAGAUCAGCGCCCCGCGGAUCAUCAAGCGGUCCACCAUUGAGAGCAGAGACCGGCUCAUCAUGGCCAGCAACGGCAGCCUCAUCUCAGCCGGUUCCGCGGACUCUGAAGUCAGCGACGAGCAGAAGAAGGAGAAGGUUGCCGAGUUGAAAAAGAAAGAGAAACACCUUCAAGACCAACUGGCGCAGAAAAUUGAGGAGCUGAAGAAGAUCUGCAUGAAAGAAGCCGAGCUCACGGGCAGGUUGCCUGGCGACUAUCCGUUGGCCACAGGGGAGAAGGCACCUCACGUACGGCGGCGUGUCGGGACGGCCUUCAAGCUGGAUGACCUUUUCCCCUAUGACGACGACCCACAUCUAAGGAAUCUGGAGAGCAGGUUCGCCUUGCAGCAGAAGAUCGUGGAAGCGGCCAUGAAGUUAUCCAACGAGGGCGACCUCUGCAAGACGGUGAAGAAAAAGAGGAGAAACAACUGCCUGGAUGCGGCGAGGAAGCUUGAGGAGAUCGAGAACGAGAUCAACGACUACAGGAUCAAGAAAGGAAAGAAACCCACCCAGAGAGCCUCACUGAUCUUAGCAGACGAUGUGAAGCUGUCGGACCUCAGCUCUCUAUCUGACAGCCUCACUCUGGAUGAUGAUGAUGAGCCCAUUUCCCAGAGGCAGUGGUCUACAUCGGUUCCGUAUUCCCCGCACCCCCACCACGCUGAUGCUCUGGACGUCCACUACAACAACGAGCGGGGCUCUGCCAGCGACCAGCAUGCAGACAGCAGGUUAAAUUAUGGCCAACAGGAAGCGCUCCACUACGGUCACUGCGACGCCUUAUCGAGCCACAGCAGCCCGCUCAAAGCGGCUUCCAGGCAGCCACGUGACGCCCGCAGCAUGCCCCCCACGCCCCUCCUCACCCGCAACGCCUACAGCAGCAGCCAGCUCAGAGGAUUGGAGGAUGAGCCGCAACUCUUCCGCCAGCGCAGCGGCAGUCUGGAGUCCCAGUCUCAGCUCGCCACAGAGACCGGACCCCCCGUGCCAACGUUCACCAUGGCCCCGGCCCGACGCAGCAACAGCACCGAGGUCCUCGACGACGGCUCCUCCUACACGAGCCACUCCAGCGCCGAGUACAGCGUCCCCGGCAACCCCGCGCACCGGCGCCGGGCUCGCGGACGCCACCGGAACGUGUACGCCAACACGGGCAGCAUGCCCAACCUGGCUCAGCCGGAUACCCGUUGCCACGCCUCCCAGCCGCGGGGCAGACCCACCACAACGGCCUACUGCGUGACGGGCUACCGCACUUACCAGGAGCCGGAGCCGUACCCCGACCGAGACUACAUGUACAACAAUGAGAUGCAAGGACACUACAGCCUCAAUCCCUCGUACCGCCACGUGCCCGCGGCGUACCACGGCCACUACGCCCCCGACGAGUUGGACGGCAUGUCCCAGAACCCGUACGCCACGCUGAGGCCACCCAGGAGCCGCCCGGCGCCACGCGCCAACGAGCACGCCGUCCAGAAGGAGAUGGUGGCCGAGCACUUGAGAGGCUGGUACCAUCGCAACGCCGCUCAGAGGCAGCCCGCGUACAACUACGACUACGACAGAGGCUCCCAGCAGAGCCUGGGCUACCAGACCACGGCCGCGCCGCACAGCAGCCGGAACAUCUCCUACUCGGUGUCUUCAGUGUCGUCCAGCGUGAACUGGCAAGGCACCAUGAGUGUUUGUAGCGGUAUGUCGGAAUACAACAUGCCUGUGCACGCGCCGCAGUCCUACGCCUACAGCACAACCCCCUACACCCACUCCGCCCACCACAGAUAUGGUGCCUCUGAGACCUUUAUGAGUCCCUGGCUCAGCCCCGACGGCCGGAGGCGCUGUGCCAUUUUCCCUGCUAGUUCUCCCCCUUCAGCCCCCCCUCCCACCUCCGCCUACUCCCCCGGGUGUCGGGUGAGGCAGGUGGCCUCCAGCCCUGCACAGCCUCAAUCCUCCAGAGGGCUCAGGCUCAAUCACGUGUCCUUUGCUAAAGAUCCUACAGAGACGUCGGCCAAAUGGACUCGCUCAUUGGCCACCAAAUGCACACUGACCUGCAGCUGGAGGACCAGAUUUGCUGGAACGAGGACUCAAAGCCGGGAACAAUCGUGUAGCUGCCUGCCUGUUGACGGGCUGCAUUUGUUCUUCACCGUGACAACUUGUCAUUGUGCCUUAAACUGCACUUACCUGUUUGUCUUCACACGAGGAUCCAAAGAAAGAAGGAACUUGACUGUAAAGGAAUCCCAGUCCCCCAAACCGAGCCACCACCACGUGGUCUUAACAGAACGCGCCGGGGAGCGUCCUCGUUGCCGGAUUGCCAGUGUUUGUGGCGCUGGCGCUCUGAAAGUACACCGGGACCUGCUGUGGUAUCGGGCCCACGGACCGGGACGUCUCUGAGCAUCGUGGGCCACGCGGAACUAAGCUGUGCCCCACGCGCUUGUAUGAACACUGUAACCAUGAAGGAUUAGACUUUAAAGAGUUAUCAGACAAUGAAGAAUUCAACUUAUGACAAAUGAGUCCGAUCGACGGCUCCUUCCUGCAACGUCCCGCAGUUUUACCACAGCGGAGCUCGUAGCUGCAACAGAGAACUCUUGAUCAGCAUUUACAAAGUAUUCCAUCUGUCAGUACUUACAAUACAAUUGAGCCAAAAUCCUGUCACAGUUUGAGUAUUACCUAAGUCACAAACGUUGAUGUCACUGCCACAUCUCAACUGUCCUGCAGGAAGGCAGAAUUCCUGUUUUUAAUAUUUUAUUGUCACAUGGUUAUUUUGUCCAUGCUGGAAAUCAUGGAGUGGUGCUCAGUUUCUCUCAAAAGAGAAGCGGUUUGUAAAUGUUGGUAUUGUAAAUACACUGGUUGUGUCUUUUUUAGAGCGAUUUUUUGUAUUUGAAAAGCAUGUAAUAUAUAGUGAGCAACUGACGUUAAGCUGGGUCUUAGUAAUUGUAAAAUUGAUUUGUUUGAAUAAAAAAAGAAAUCAGCUUUUGAA